AUGCGGGUGCUCAGACAGCUCCUCCUGCUGCCCCUCUUAGCUGCUCUGCCUUUUGCUGAAGACAACUCGAUGGAAUUCAUGGAUCUUCAAUGCGGUGCUUCGCUCUCAGACAUAAAGCAAGCAUUAAAGAUUGACCUCAAUUCAAAUGCAAACUGUGUCUGGCACAUUCAGAGGAGUGAUAAUCAAACAAUUAGGCUCAUCUUCUCGUAUUUCAAAUUCAAUCCUUCCUCAAGCUGUGAAACAGAAAAUAUUGAAGUCUAUGAUGGUGCCUCACCUAAUUCACCUCUUCUUGGACAAGUAUGUAACAACACUGACGCCGUCCCAGUGUUCCAGUCAUCUUCAAACAGUCUGACUUUUCUCAUUACAACAAACUCUGUGGAUUUCACACGAAACUUCUUUGUCUUCUAUUACUUCUUCUCACCAGAAACAGCAGUUGAAAACUGUGGGGGAAACUUGACUGGUCCCAGUGGGACAUUUACCAGCCCCAACUACCCAGCAGCUUACCCUGAGUUUACCUAUUGUGUCUGGCACAUACAGACUACAGAAAACUCGAAGAUAAGCUUAGAAUUUCAGGAUUUGUUCCUGGAACUAGAUCAGCACUGCCAGUUUGAUUUUCUGGCAGUCUACGACGGCCUCACCACUAACACUGGCCUAAUUGGAAAAGUAUGCGGUGUUUCUCGGCCCACGUUUGAAUCUUCUUCAAAUGUCAUGACAGUCGUGCUGUCUACAGACUAUGCCAACUCCUACAGAGGGUUUUCUGCUCGAUAUACCAGCAUUCUGCCAACAUCCCUUACAUGCUCUUCAGACAGAAUGACAAUUGUUCUGAGCAAGGCUUACCUGGACUCCCUUGGCUAUAAUGAAACUCACCUACAGCUCAAUGACCCAUCCUGCAGGCCGGUUACAACAGACCAAGUGAUCUUUUCCUUUCCUUUAAGCAGCUGUGAAACAACUAAGGAGGAGGAAGAUCAGAGCAUCACUUACACCAACAUCAUAACUCUUUCUGAAAGUGGCAACAUCAUCACCCGCAAAAAGACCGUCCAGAUCGUUGCAAAAUGCAUAAUGGAAAAGAAUUCAACCCUAGAAGUCAUUUAUGUAACAGAAAACAAUGUAAUCCAGAACACAACCUCUGUGGGAAUAUACAACGUUAGCAUGUCAUUCUAUGAUUCUGAUUCAUUCUCCAGCCCUGUACUUGAGUCCCCCUAUUAUGUAGACUUGAACCAAACUCUUUUUGUUCAAGUCAGCCUUCAUUCCACUGACCCAGACCUUUUGGUGUUCAUUGAUACCUGCACAGCAUCUCCACAGUCUGAUUUUGGAUCAAUAACAUAUGACUUGAUUAGAAGUGGCUGUAACAAAGAUGACACUGUGGUAACAUAUCCACCCCUGGAGCACUAUGGAAGAUUCAGCUUUAAUGCCUUCAGGUUCCUGAGGAGAGCUCCAUCAGUUUAUCUCCAGUGUGAUGUUUUAAUUUGUGACAGCAACAGCGUGAACUCUCGCUGUACCGAAGGCUGUGUCUCCAGGCGCAAGAGGGAUACUUCUUCAUUCACUUGGAAAACCAAGGCUGUAGUAGGUCCUAUCCGCCUGAAACGAGACCGCAGGGCUGCUGAGCAUCUAGAAUCCCUCACUAGGACAGAUGCUGAAGAAGCCCCAAACCUACAAGACAGCUUCUACACUCUUUCAUUUGUGGUUUUGAUUUCAAACGUUAUCACUGUGGUAGCUGUGGCACUAAAAUGUCACAAUAAAUGCCUAUCGAGAUACAGCUACCAAAAAAUCCAAAGUUGA